AUGAGUCUGCGUAAUUUCAAAGUAUUGAAGCGCUCAAAGCUACUCGGCGAAGUAAACUUCAAUGACGCUGUGCUAAUCGGCCAUAUCCACCACAGCAGAACCGAGUGGACCCGCCUCCAAUCCAAUUACAAAGCCUACCAAUUCACCGGCAACCGGCAGCAAUUCCUAUAUAAACUGUCAAUCUGGAACCUGGGACAACGUUACCGCACUGUACCGAACCAAUUCCACCCUCGAACUGGGAGUCUUGGACCGAGAGCUCAUCAACGCCCUGCCGUCACGGAGAUAUGGGCAUCGAAAACCCCGAAAGUCGUUGCUGAGGCUACGGCUGAUGCUAUUGCACAUCGGGCUCGUGCUUUUGGGAUGAGUAUUGUUUAUCAUAAUCGGCCUAGGCUUCUCGAGGAUAAGGAGGGAGAUGCUAGAUAUGAGAUGUUUGUUGAACAUCUGGGGGAUGAUGUAGUCAUUAUCAAUACAGCGCGAGGCUCGUUGCUUGAUGAAGCAGCCUUUGUAGAAGCGCUACAAGCAGGAAAGGUGGCGUCUGCCGGAUUAGAUGUCUUUGAAAACGAACCAGUUGUUCAUCCGGCCUUCUGCACAACAGUUAUGUUCCUCCCUCAUAUUGGGACAACACGUGAGAGCGUGAGAUGGAGUCGUUGUAUAGAGAAUGCCCCGGAAAAAGGCAAAUUUUGA